AUGGCAGGCGGCAAAUACAACGUCGGCAUCAUCGGAUAUGGCUUGAGCGCAAAGAUCUUUCACAUUCCCUUUGUCAACGCUGUGUCCGACUUCAACCUCUACGCGAUCGUGCAGAGAAGUCCCAAGCCAGACGAUGAUGCCAGCAAAGACUGGUCGAACGUCAAGCUCUAUCAUUCUGCCGAGGACUUGGUCCAGGACGAGCAUGUGCAUGUCGUCGUUGUGACCACGGCCCCGGAGUCACAUCUACAGUUGGCCAAGCUGGCCCUGUCGGCAAGGAAGCACGUCGUGGUCGAGAAACCCUUCACACCCACCUCCGCCGAGGCUCAGGAACUGGUCGACCUGGCCAAGUCCCAGGACCGAGUCCUCACUGUGUACCAGAACCGACGGUGGGACUCUGACUUCUUGACCCUGAAGAAGUACAUCGACGACGGAACUUUGGGCCGUAUAGUCGAGUUCGAAACGCAUUUCGAUCGACACCGGCCUGAGGCGCCGACCGGCACGUGGAAGGCAUAUCACGCUCCCGGCACAGGCGCCGUCUAUGAUCUGGGAACUCACCUGAUGGAUCAGGUCGUCCAUCUAUUCGGAAUGCCCGAGCGGGUCACCGGGUUUGUCGGCUCGCAGCGAGAGGUCAACCCCACUGGGUUGGAGGACUCUUGUACAGUGCUCCUACACUACGACGCCCGCAAACUACUGGUCACGGUUAAAGCCGGCGUCGUCAGUCCCGAGGUGAACCAGUUGCGGUUCUGGGUUCGAGGCGAGAAAGGCUCCUUUAGGAAGUUCCAUCUCGACCCGCAGGAGGAUCAGUUGAGGAAGGAAGGGCUCCGGCCGGGUGAUCAGGAGUACGGCGUCGAGAGCGAGGAUCAUCAUGGCGUGUUGAACCUCGACAAGGGCGACGGAAAGAUUGUCAGCGAGGUCGCUCCGACUGUCGAGCCGCCUACCUAUGUGGAGUAUUAUCGGCGGCUGGCGGUGGCGUUGGAUGGUGAUGCGUCCGAGGUUCCUGUCCCUCCGGAAGACGCUGUCGGUGUGAUUCGACUGGUUGAGCUCGCCCGGGAGAGUUCGAGGUUAGGGCAGACGCUGACGGUAUAG